AUGUCGAGGCAGGUACAUACUGGUAGAUCGAGCUCUGAUGAUACUGGUGCCCCUCAGUGGCCCAGCCGCAAUUCUGUGUUAAAUGAUGACAUCGAGGCUCUGCAGGCAGAGUACGAUCAACUGAAGGCUGGCGAGGUUCACUCGGCCCAAGGGGCCACUCAUGGCGACAUAGGUAGCCGACAGUACAGUGGCUCUGGAAAGCCCGCGGCACAAUAUCUGGGGUUGAAUGUGAACAGCAGAGAAGCAGUUCCCGAGUAUGAAGAGACAGUAGUAUCAGUCAAAGAUUACUACAAUUAUAAGUUGCGUGGUUUUAUUUCGCUCAAUACCGCGAGAGACUACGCCCUAUCUGUAUUCCCUCUGCAUAGGUGGAUUCAUCACUAUAAUGUUGCGUGGAUGUAUGCAGAUAUGGUAGCUGGCAUAACCGUCGGAUGUGUCCUCGUCCCCCAAUCCAUGUCAUAUGCCCAGCUAGCAUCUUUGAGCCCACAAUAUGGGCUCUACUCAUCCUUUGUUGGCGCUUUUAUCUAUUCCUUUUUUGCCACAAGUAAGGAUGUAUGCAUUGGGCCGGUUGCCGUCAUGUCAUUGGAAACUGCAAAGGUAAUCGCCAGAGUUACAGAAAACCUGCCCGAAGAUACUAAUAUAACCGGUCCCAUCAUUGCAACAGCCCUAACGCUACUUUGUGGGGCGAUAGCGAUGGUGAUUGGUAUUCUCAGACUUGGAUUUUUGGUAGAAUUUAUUUCUAUUACUGCAGUUACCGGAUUCAUGACAGGAAGUGCCCUCUCAAUUAUAUCCGGCCAAGUGCCAAGUUUAAUGGGUUAUAGCAAAAAGGUCAACACCAGGGCAACAACAUACAAGGUUAUAAUUGAAUCACUUAAACAUUUGAAAGAUACCAACAUGAAUGCCGCAUUUGGAUUGGUUCCCUUGGUGCUGCUCUUUCUCUGGAAAUGGAUCUGUGGAAGCUUAGGACCUCGCCUGGUCGACCGAUAUCUUCAGUUUAAGCCAAGCAGGGCUUCUCGCUGGAAUGCUGCCUUUUUCUAUUUACAGGCUCUGCGGAACGCAGUUAUUAUCGUUGUAUUCACCGCCAUCUCGUGGGGUAUCAGCAGGCACAAGCUGGAGAAACCCCCGAUAUCACUGCUGGGCAAGGUACCUUCAGGACUGAAGAACGUGGGUCCUUUGGAAUUGCCCGAGGGGCUAGUCGAAAAGCUACUGCCAGAGCUACCGGCAGCAACCAUUAUCCUGCUGUUAGAACACAUUGCAAUUGCAAAAUCUUUUGGACGAAUCAAUAAUUAUAAAGUCGUUCCUGACCAGGAACUGAUCGCCAUCGGCGUGACAAACCUAUUUGCGACGUUCUUUAACGCAUAUCCCGCAACAGGUUCCUUUUCCAGGUCAGCGCUUAAAGCGAAAUGUAACGUGAAGACGCCGCUAUCCGGCCUCUUCACCGGGGCUUGCGUACUUCUUGCGCUCUACUGCCUGACUGAAGCCUUCUAUUUCAUCCCGAAGGCCACCCUCUCCGCCGUCAUUAUUCAUGCUGUCGCAGACCUCAUUGCGUCAUACAAGGUGACAUGGAUGUUCUGGCGCACAAACCCACUUGAUUUCUUCGCAUUUAUCGUCACGGUGAUAAUAACCGUCUUCAGCUCCAUCGAGCAUGGCAUAUAUUUCUCGAUCUCGUGGUCAUGCGCAGUGUUGCUCUGCAAGGUCGCGUUUCCCGACGGCAAGUUCUUAGGCUACAUCGACGUCGCAGAGGUGAUCGAGCCUGCAGGCCCGCCCAGCAUCAACUCAGAGGCUGAUCUGGCCUCCAUAGAUAACAGCGCCACCUUCCAGCAGAUAGACAAAGACGGUGGCAAGCUCAAUACCGUUGAGUCUGUGCUGCCCGACCCCCACACACGCUUCCACAGGCGCUGGAUCCCACUCGACCACGCGUACUCGCGCGAGCUAAACCCAGAGGCAGUUGUCAACCCGCCGCCCCCCGGCGUGAUCGUCUACCGGCCCACCGACUCCUGGACCUACUUGAAUUGUUCCCGGCACUUUGACAUCAUCCUCGACCACGUAAAGGAGCACACACGGCCGGGCCAGCUCGUAAACCACCUCAGCAACAAAGAGCGCCUCUGGUGCGACCCAGGCCCGUGGCGCCCGCCUCGCAUCUUCCGCCGCUUCAUCGCCGACAAGCGCACCGGCUCCGCCGUCGCUGAUGCGCGCCCCGUGCUCCGCGUGCUCGCGAUGGACUGGUCCCAGGUGUCCCAGGUCGACUCCACCGGCAUCCAGAACCUGGUCGACCUCCGCAACGCGCUCAAUAAGUACGCCGACCGCCCAGUCGAGUUCCAUUUCGCGGGCAUCGUGUCGCCCUGGAUAAAGCGCGCCCUGGUCAACACCGGGUUCGGGAUUGCGGAUCCCCCGCUAAUUUCAUCCCGGGUAUCCUACCAUCUAGUGAGGCUGCCUGCAGAUCCUCCGCACAUCGUACAUGGCCACUCCGUCGUCUUCGCUCUUGGAACGAACACUCCAUUCUUCCAUCUGGACAUGCCUGACUUCGAAACGUGGCGUCACGACGCUUGA